AACCAUAAACUAUUGUAGUACUUUCCUGCAAAACCUUUGGGUGGGAAUAUGGUACUUUCUUGUCUUUUCUUAAACACAAAUCUCAGAAUUUGUAACGCCGUUCAUCGGAUUUCGGCCAGUGUUCAGCCUCAAGAGAAACGCAGUUUUAAAGGGUAUGUUGUAACCUGCUGACCCUAACGGCCUUCGGAGGUGGAGGUGGGGGGCUCCGUCUGGGGCCAAAGAUCCCAUGAGAGGAAAGUGAAGUCCAUCUGAGCAAAAGGUAAAGGAACUGGAAAAAGAGGAGCAAAGGUGGAAGCUGUGCAUUUGGCAUUAAGUCUGGAAAAGGUGAGGGGAUUGAUCUUCCCUUUACUAGCUUUGAAGAAACUAAUUGAAGAAGAUGGCCCAGUCCUUACAGCUCAACCAGAAGCUCCCAGAUCUGGGAGGCACAUUCCUCUAUGCUCCCCAAGAAGACCAAGGAGGCUCUUAUUCCGUGCAGACUCCUUAUGGCUUUCAGCUUGAUUUGGAUUUUCUCAAGUAUGUGGAAGACAUUGAAAGUGGCCAGAACCUGCGAAGGGUGCCUCAUCUUUCCCGCCGUGGGUCAAGGCCAUCCAAAUCUUCAUCGCUGUCUCAGAGAAGCCCUGGGGGUGGAGGACAAACCAGUGGAUGGACCUCCACAGAGUCCCUCUCAUCUGCAGCCAGCGAGGACGGACGUGCUCCACCGUUGCCUCCACCGCGUGUCCGCACUCUUUCCACCCCUUCAGAGUCCAAUCCCAUAUCUCCACCUUUGCCAGUGGUUACAUCAACAGCUUCCACUAACCCAAAUCUUCCACCACAGCCACCAGUUCGCAACCCCAGAGUAGAGAGGACUUUACUGGAAACUAGCCGGCGACUGGAACAAGAAAAAACUCAAUGGGAGCUACAGAGUGCUUCGAGCAUUCAGCUCACAGACCCACCAAGAGCAGGCAUGGGGGCUAGGAUAAUGGUGAAACCCACGCCCUCCAUCAGUCCAGGUGUGCCCUCACAGGUGCCAUCUGUAAUGUAUACAGGAGAUGUUUUAUCAGCUCCUGCUACACCAAGUCAGUGCCUGGCUCCCUGGUCAAGAGCAAGUCCUCAUAAUUCUGGCCGCAGCACCCCGGCUUCCUCAUGCACACAGACAGCACCUCAGAUUCCACCAGCUCAGCUUCAGACAGUCCGGGAACAGAUGGCAGCUGCCCUUCACCAGCUGAAGGACAUGGAGCAACGAGUUAAAGUGAUUCCAGUGCUGGAGGAAAAAAUUGCCAAGCUACGAGAAGAAAAGGAGAAGCUCCUGUCAACCCUUAACAGCAAGACCCAAACCUCUGAGCAGACAUCCUGCAGUGUUGUCAACAAUUCAAACGACAAAGAAGAUGAAGAAGCCCACAAAGUGUCACCCGCGAGGCAGAGCAAGCUGGCAGAAUUACGGAAACUGACAGAGAAGCUCGGAGGCAGUGGGAGUGAGAGGGAUGAGAAAGGAGAAGGAGAUGGAACCCAGCAAAGUGUUUCAGAGGCCACAGGCGCUUCUGGGAUGCAGAAGAGGACCAUCGCAGUAGGAGAUGAUCGCCUACUAGAGGAAAAAGUUCUUUACUACAUCUCAGACAUGACAGAAAUUGGGGUGACCACUGACCAAAUGGAGACUGCCGAAGUCGGAGUCGCAACCGAGGGAACAGAGACUCAGGAAAUCGGCGUUCUUGCAGUUUCUGAAACUCGUGAGGUUUCGGUGUGGGUGAUGGAGUCCUUGCUUGGUGUUCGCAGUGAGGCAGAACAAGAGAUGGAAAUCUUGCAGGAUACCAUCCUCCACCAGAAAGAAGCUAUUCUAACACUGGAAAAUCGUCUUGCUGAGGCCAAUCAAGAGGUGGAGAGGCUGCAGACUCUGGAAAGUAACACGUUCAAGACGCUCGAGGACAAAGCCGUCCAGGCACAGGCAGAAACCAGUAGUGUCAUGGUGGAAGCCGUCGUCUCCCUAACCUCUGCCUGCGUGGGAGGAUCGAUAUUGGCAGACACGAGGAGUGUGGCCGUCAGCUGUUGUUCGGAGGUCAAGGAGGCGGGAGUGGGACUGGACUUCGCACUUCUGAUGAAGGACCAAGAGGUUCAAACAGAAAGGCAAGAAAGUGGCAUCCCAGAUGGCCCAAAACUGGAAAGUGUUAAGAAAGAAGCUGAAUCUGACCUGGUCCUGAUGAAAAUGGAGGUGGAUGCGGAGGGAAGCAAAGCGACCAGCAAAGUUGAAGAACCAAGUGCUAAUCUGAGGUCAAAUGUUGGAAAUAUAAGUGAGAGAGUGGAAAAGAAGAGAGGAGAAAAAGGAGAAGCUAUGGAAGAAGGAGGCCAUGGUAGCGACAGCAAAGGUGUGCUCAAGUCCAUCAUGAAGAAGAAGGACAGCUCAUCCAACAAGGAGUCUAGCAGCAGGAAAAAGAGUCUUCAGUUUGUAGGAAUACUUAAUGGCGGGUACGAGUCGACAUCCAGCGAAGAUGAGGAGGAGGAGGAGGAUGAAGAAGAAAGUUCAUCAUCAGCAGAGGAGCUUGGCUGCCAAGAGAGCAGUGAGGAAGAGGCAGGGGAGCUGAUUGAGACGUCAGAAGAUGAGCUGAAUGUGAACAUGGAAGAGAGCGACAGCGACCAGGAAGCAAAGCCCAAGGCAGAUGGAGAUCAGCACAAGGAAGUCAAAGAGAAAUUUGAUCUCAGCAAGAAGAUGAGAGAAGCCUGUCUGAUUCUGAAGAACCACCUGAACGAUGACAGCAGUGUGCUGAAGAGCAAAGAAGUGCUCGCCAGCUCACACGCCAUCCAGCAGGAGUGGUUCCGGGUGUCAAGUGCAAAGUCAGCUCUGCCCACACGGGUGUCCGACUAUCUGAUGGCUUUUUCGGAGGUGUCUCCAGCUCUUCUACGUCACGUUAUCAACAUGGCGGACAGCAAUGGCAACACAGCCCUCCACUACAGCGUCUCACACUCCAACUUCACCGUGGUGGGCCUCCUUCUUGAUACAGGUGUGUGCUCUGUAGACCACCAGAACAAAGCUGGGUAUACGGCCAUCAUGCUGGCAGCUCUGGCUGCUGUGGAGGCUGAGGAGGAUAUGUCCAUUAUCAGGAAACUCUUUAGCUUGGGAAACGUCAACGCCCGAGCCAGUCAGGCGGGUCAAACAGCACUAAUGCUGGCUGUCAGCCACGGACGGCAAGAAAUGAUGCAAGCCCUGCUGGACUGCGGUGCCAAUGUCAACAUGCAGGAUGACGAAGGUUCAACGGCCCUGAUGUGUGCCAGUGAACACGGCCGAGCGGAGAUCGUAAAGCUGCUGCUGGCACAGCCGGGCUGCGACGUCUCCAUCGCUGAUAAUGAUGGCAGCACUGCGCUAUCAAUCGCACUUGAGGCGGCUCACAAUGACAUUGCAAUGCUGCUCUACGCCCACAUGAACUACACCAAAAGUCAAGCAGCCGGAACACCAAAGACUACAUCCACAAGUCCCAACAGCCCAGGAAAGCCUGUUUUGGAUGAAGAAUAAUUGUUUGGAGACUGGACAGAAGACAUUUCCUUCAGAUGAAAUUAAACAUACACAACAUGUAAAGAUCUUUAUAAACAAGUUGUUAUAUAAUACCAGUAUUAUCAUUUGCUCAAAAUUAUAAUACUCAUGGUGGAAACCAAGGGUGGGGGGUUGGGUUUGGUUGAGUGGCUGCAAACAGCAUAAAUGAAACCCAUCAGUUCUUCCACCUUUAAUCCAAAUAAAGGCCAAGUAGUUGAGGUUUAGACACUGGAAAAUGUGGUGCAAUGAUCGAACAAUUGUGAAAAUGUUGUUUAAAUACACAAUCUUCCAAAGAAGAAAACAUGAAAAUGCCCAGUGCAAUUCUGCAAGCAAAAAAGGCCAGGUAAUAAACAAAAAUGACCAAAGACUUUCAUCUGUUGCGUAAAGACAGGCAUGAUCUUGCUUAAGAUUUCCUUUAAAGGAAUACUCCACAUUUUUGUAUGUCGCUUACCACAUGUAGUUUGUUUUGAUUGCUGCAGAAAAUGUCAUUUUUUCAUGCAGAGCAGAGAUGUUUGACAUAAUACAAGCUAAAGAUGACCAUUUUGUUGUUAAGAAACCACUAAAAAAAAAAACCCCACACCAAGUCAUGUUGCAUAAUUCACAUCAGUUAUCCAGGUGUACACCCACAACAGGCAAUACAAAUGCAUUUUUGAAAAGAAAAAAAAAAAA